AUGAAUAAGAAUAAUGAAGACCCAGGACUAGGGCGGCAGAUAUUGCACCAGGAGAAAGGAGCACUUCCAACGAUUCCUGCUGGCGUAACUCUAGACGAAGGCGUAACAUUCGAUGAAAACUUGGACGAAAAAGUGCUUAGAAGAAAAGAGAGUCGAAUGCAGACGGCGCGUGAGAAGCUGCUAGCAAGGGAGCAGUGGGAAACAGAUAAUAUCGCUGGCGGCACAACUAGCAUUAGUACUCCAAGUGGAGGGCGUGCUAACGCCACCAGGAGUCGCGUCAGAGGCGCAUUAGGAACUGCUAACAACUUCAAUACUGGGACUACUAGUACUGGCUCUUCAUCUGCGUCCUCUUCGUUCGUGCCAAGAGAAGCGUCUACGUCCUCAUCUUCUUUGCAGCUUGGCGGAGGCGCUUUCGGGGGUGCGGGCAGAGGGCUGCACGACGGCGAAUUUCUUCAUGGUAGCGAAGAUUCCAAUGGAGGCAACGCUCCUGCAUGUGUUGGACGAAGUGGAGGUCUCAGUGGACAAGGAGGCAACUCUGGAAAUGAUCCAAACGCCGGACCACGGCUCGUGAGGGCGAUGAAUAUGCGGGAGAGCACAUUUCUUGUCGGUAUCAAGAGACAAGCCCUCAGACGCCUAGCCCGCCGUGGGGGAGUACGCCGCGUCUCAUACGAAACCUACCCUAUAUUCAGGGAAACACUCAGCGAUCUCUUGUCGGAGAUAGUUUUUGACGUAAACGUCAUGUUGGACCACACCGGAAGACAAACAGCAACGGCACGCGAUGUGAUCAACGUUAUUGCACGACGCGGCGUAAAAAUUUUAGGAGGGGAGCAUUAGCUGCGCUUGGAGCUGAGACGAAACACAAAAUAAAUUAAGAUUGCUGGGAGGGGUUGGAUUCCUUUAUUUGUUUGGGAAUUAGCUCUGGCGCUGAGCAAUAUCAAUCUUCCAGAAUCGUUGUAGAUUCAAUGACACGAAUUGUUAGGAUCAGCUCAUGUUGUAUCUGAUUGAGCACAAGCAGGUAAGAAACGGGCUAUAUUGCUUUAAGUUGAUUGUUUCUGAUCGGACUCUUUAUCUUUAAUAGCGCUCAAGUAGGUUUGACGCUUCCUCGGCUGUUAUUUAUAUUUAUAUUUAUUAUAAUAAACGCAGGAAAUAAUCGAGAUUCGAUCAUGACGCCGC